UAAGAGCACUGGACUUCCACAAGCAUUCUAUUCUUGAGUUUGUCAUCUUUGGCAAGCGACUGUUUCUGGCGAUAUGGGCAAAGCUUUCACCUUCAUCAUUGACCACACGGCUCGAGCUGAUCUUGGGUCUAAGCGAAAGCUCAGGCGCCGUCGGGGAGCAUGUGGUAACUGCAAACGCAGAAAAGUGGCAUGCAAUGGAUCAAUACCAUGCCAGCAUUGUCAUAAAGCAUCUAUCAGCUGCCAGUACGCUGAAAGCAAACGCUCCACCCGAAACACAGCCCCAAUCAGCGAGGCCGAUACCACAAUCCGGCAAAUAAUAACCCCAGACGUCAGCACUUCAUCAAGUCC